GCAGCGCUUUAGCGUAUUUAAUUGGACUCCCUAUCCCUAUGUAUGAUUUUGAUGUAUCCUAAUCCAACCAAACCAUGUUGUAGUUAACUAGUUACUGUAAUACCGAAAGAAAUUCAAAUAGUUUUGAAUUUACAAGACUCAUAUCAAUAUAUCAUCUCACAUUCUCACUCCUCCUUUUCUGUACUACCAGAAAGUGCAGCAGAUUGAGAACUUAAGAGAGAGAAAACAAAAAACAAAAAUGGCGGAAAGAGCAAGAGCUGGAAGAAAAUCUCACACUUCAACUGCUGAUCUCCUCACUUGGACUGAAGCUCCUCCUUCUCAUUCUUCUCCUCCUUCCUCCGCCACUCGUUCUCACCAGCCGUCUGAUGGAGUGAGUAAAGUGUUGUUUGGAGGUCAGAUCACCGAGGAAGAAGCUGAGAGUUUUGCUAAGAGGAAGCCUUCUGGAUAUAAAUUGAAGGAAAUGACUGGAAGUGGAAUAUUUGCUGGAUCUGAAGAUGAUGCUACUUCAGAAUCUAAAACUGGAUUGCGCGUUUAUCAGCAAGCUCUCAAUGGAAUUAGCCAGAUUUCUUUUAGCCUAGAAGAAAGUGUGACCCCCAAGAAACCGACAUCUAUUCCAGAGGUUGCAAAGCAACGUGAACUGAGUGGCACACUUGUAGAAGCUGAGUCAGAUGCGAAGAUGAAAAAACAAUUGUCAGAUGCCAAGUGCAAGGAGCUCAGUGGAAAUGACAUUUUUGGGCCACCACCAGAGAACCCCCCUCGAUCAUUGGCUGUUGCACGUACAUUGGAAUCAAAAGAAAAGGACAUGGGAGAGCCAGCGCCACGAGCUGUCCGAACAUCUGUUAGAGUGUCCAAUCCUGCUGGAGGGCAGAGCAAUAUUAUGUUCGGUGAAGAACCUGUUGUCAAGUCAACAAGGAAGCUUCACGACCAGAAGUUCCAAGAGCUGACAGGUAACGAUAUUUUCAAGGGAGAUGCACCAGCAGGGUCAACAGAAAAGUCACUCAGCAAGGCAAAGCUAAGAGAAAUGAGUGGCAGCAAUAUAUUUGCCGAGGGAGAUAGAGUAGAACCCAGAGAUUAUUUUGGUGGUGUGCGCAAGCCUCCUGGCGGGGAAAGCAGCAUUGCUUUGGUUUAAAUUCCUAUGCCACAAAUCAUUGCUGUACACUGACCAACUUUAAUCUGAUCAGACCGAUGAGACUUGAGAGUUCUUCCUGCCGUUUAGUGCAGCAACCUCAGGGUUUGUUAGCUAGCUAGCUAACCGUCAUUAUAGUAGGUUUAAUCUUGUAACCUGAAUAAUUUAGCUAAGACUUGCCAUGUCAUGGCAUUACGUUUAUUUUAAGGCUUUCUGCA